CCAGACAACCUCAUCUGUUACCUCAGUCCAGAGGCCUUGAGAAACACAAAGGUUGAAGAUGCCCUGGCCCUGGCCCAGAGACUCAAUAAGAUUUGCUUUGACCCCCGUCUGCAGCUUGAUGGAAACAAGUCAGUUCCUGAAUCACCAUCUUGGGAAGCUAAACAGGUGGCAUCUGGGCUGCUGAGUAGCUUUGGGAACUUUUCAGAGGCCAUCCUGCGCAGACUGGGUCAAACAGCUGUGGGGCUGUCGGUGCCACAGAUUGAGGGGAAAAUCAGUGGCCAGGACCUGAUGGCUGCCCUGCCCACCCUGGCCCAGGUGAAGGGCUGGAGCAUCGGGCAGGCCCGGGCCCUCAUUCAAAAGCUCUUGGACUCUGGCUAUGAGGUGUUAAGUGCCCAGAGUCUAGCAGCUCUGGGAAGCCUGGUGGCGGGUCUCAGUAGUACUUUGCUCCAGAGCCUGCCCCCCGACGUGGUCCUGGAAGCUGUGAAAGAACCAGAAUUUGCUCAGCAUCUUACCCAUAUCUCAGCCACGCUGAAAACUGCAUUUGUGGAACAGCUGGCCCUGGCCGUCCCGAGUCCCACUGCCCUGGUACGGGCUGUGCCGGACACACUCACCAGUGGAAUACCCAAUGCAAUGCUGGCCUUCGGCUCUGGUGACCACCCCAGAUUGGAUGACCUCAACAGCCAAAAAUGGACCCGAGUACAGGCAGCCAUGUUUUUUGAUGAAGUGGUAAAGAACGUGUCUGACUUUAAUAGCCUCUCCCCCUAUAUUUUACACGGUUUCACAUGUGCAUCAGCCUCUAGCUUGAAUGUGGAGCAAGUCCGACAGCUAGCCAUGAUCAUGAAAAGGAAGAAUGUCACAUUGGAAGCAGAGCAGUUGAGCUGUUUGGCCAAGAAAGUCACUGAAGAUGGAAUUCCUGAGGACCUGGAUAAGUACCCCAGGGACAUAGUGCUAUUUCUAAGUUUUUCUGCCUAUACAAAGACUAGAGACUGCAAACAUUUCUUCAUUCGGGUGGGAGAGUCUAACUUGGAUAUUCUCCAGAAGGAUUCACCCCUGAGAUCAAAACUGCUUUCGGAGGCUCUGACUUGUCUGGGCAUUUCGGGCACACACAUCAGCAAGGAAGACAUUCGUAUCCUGGGACAGUUGGCCUGUGACCUGGAUGGACGCUAUAUAAACAGCUCUGCAGAAGUGCUAUUGCCUCGGUUGGAGCAGUGUGGGGGCCCCUUCAGUCUUGAUCAGAAGAAGGCCGCCAACCUGGCCCUACACUCUGGUGCUUCUCCCUAUGGCCCCCCCUCCAGAUGGUCAGUAUCUACCCUGAAUGCUCUUCAGGGGCUACUGCCAGUUUUUGACAGGCGCAUCAUCCAGAACAUCCCUCAGAAUGUUGUAACCUCCUGGCUGAACCAUGCCCUCUUGGAUCCCUCCUGGCCCCGGCAGAAUCUGAGAGUCUUCAUCCAAAACGUUCCAUCUUCUCGAUAUAGGCGGGCUGCUGCUCAGUGCCCAGAAGAGAUCACAGAGAUAAAUGAAGCACUAGUGAUUUUCUCAGAGACGGAGCUGCGGAACUGUCUAAAUGCAUCUUUGCUGGCAGCCAACCUGGACAAAAUAAAGACUCUCCCCUUCACCUAUGAACAGGAAAGGGUCUUCAAGAGCAAACUGGAUGAGAUCUACCCAAAUGGGUACUCUGAGUUUGUGAUCAAUAAUCUUGGCAGCCUUUUUAAGCUGGUUACCCCUGAAGAUAUCAAGAAGUGGAAUAUAACCUCCGUGGAGUCUCUGGAUACCUUGCUCAAAGCCAGCUCUGAAAAUGAUGAUUUGGCUAUGAUAGUGAUUAAUCGCUAUAUCCAGGGGGGGAGCCCCCUCAAUGCCACCGCCUUGAACGUGAUCGGUUCCAAAUAUUUCUGCCGUCUGACCGAAGAGCAGCUCAAUUCCAUACAGCCUUCUGCCCUCAGAAUGGCCAACCAAUUGAAUCCAUCUGCCUGUUCCCAGUCACAGAAGAAUAUCCUCUAUCCAAAGGCCAAGAUUGCCUUCCAAGACAAAUCAUUCUCAAAAUACUAUAAGCGAAUCCAACCUUAUCUAGGUGGAGCCUCCACAGAGGAUCUUAAAGAUCUCAGCCAAAAGAAUAUUAACAUGGACAUGGAAACAUUUAAGAAACUACAAGAAGAGGCCAUCUUGCCACUGACUCCAGAAGAGGUACGAGGACUUCUGGGACAAAACAUAAUGGGACUGAAGGCUGAGGAGAAAAACUCUCCAGUCCGGGAAUGGAUCAUCAAGCAGCGUCAGGAGAGCCUGAAUGCCUUAGGCAUUGGGCUCACUGGGGGGAUCCCUAAUGGUUACAUCAUCAUCAACCUUGGGAACAAAAAUUAGAUAGCAGUCUUCCUGGUUGGGAGUGUGGGAAGUCUGCAUGGGGCUUGAGCCCUCUCUCCAUUCCAGCAAGUUGUUAAAAUAAAAGAAAUAACUUUAUACUCUAA